UAAAACAAGUCAACCCUGGGGAUGUGGUUGAAAAAAAGAGAGACCUCCAAUUUCUGUGAGAUUCAUGCAGAAACUGGUCACAGAAUACAGGAAGGAAACUUUCAAGCCACAGCUUAUAAUGGACUGAUUGUAAAUUCUACUGACACUUGUUUAAAACCAGUUCAAAAUAUUGUUAAAUUUCAAGAUGGAAACUUUUCAUUGACGGCUGAUAAUGGACAUGCUUCAGUUUCCAGUAAAAAUUUCAUAGAGGUUGAUCAGCAUAUUGCACAAAGAGAGCACCCCAUAGUGGCAGAUAAAAGUUCAUUUCAAACCAAUACUUCAGUUAAACAAACCACUAUUGGAGUAGACACUGAAAGUAAAAAAGAUGUUUUUCUCAUCACAGAAAAUGAAAACAGCUGCAACAAGUUGGAAUCGGGUAGUCCUGUUAUACUUGGUGAGCCUCAGAAAGUUCCAACAAGCAAACACCAGGAACGCUCCAAGAAUGACAAGUUGUACAAGUGCGAGUUCUGCGGAAAGGCAUUUGCACAUCGAUGUGACAGCAUUAGACACAUAAGAAUUCACACGGGUGAAAAACCUUUUAAAUGUAGUGUCUGUGAAAAGGCAUUUUCUGAUAGAAGUUCUUGUGUCAAACAUGAAAAAAUUCAUACUUUAAACAAACCAUUCACAUGCCAAUACUGUGGCAAUGGAUUUGUGCAGAGAAUGGAUCUUGUGUUUCACGAAAGACUUCACACUGGAGAAAAACCAUUUGCAUGCCAGUUUUGUAAAAUGACAUUCACGCAGAAGAAAAUUUGCGCAAGACAUGAGCGAAUUCACACAAAUGAUAAACCAUUUCAGUGUCAUUUUUGUGGACAAGCUUUCACGCAGAGUAGCACUUUGGUGAAACAUGAGAGAAUUCACACUGGAGAAAAGCCAUAUACAUGUAAGUCCUGUGGUAAGAAAUUUGCUAGAAAAAGUGACUGUGGUAGACACGAAAAAAUACAUGGUGGGAAAAAUGUCAAAUAAACACUAGUGUGUUUGCACUGUUUAAUAAAAGAUCAUCUUAAAACUCAACUAAAGAGACUUGUAAUGAAAUU